ACAACACAAGCAGCAGCACUGAUGCUUCCGGUUCACCAUUUUGCGGAAGACAGCCCAGAGUCCUGUUUACAGACUAACAGCAGAGCUGAGCAUUUAGACACGUGUAUUUAGAUGUGUUUAUAUUUACGGACGAGACAAAUUAUUUAGAUUGGAUUAACGGCCAGGUGGAGUUCAUGCCUGGUGAAGUUUCUGCUUAAAGCUGGAUUUCAGCAGUGUGAGAGAGUGAGCAUGAGCGGGUUGGAGGUGUUUCAUGAGAAGCAGAGGUUGGAGCUGUGCGCUAUUCACGCCCUUAACAACGUGCUGCAGGAGAGAGUGUUUACGAAGGAGGCUGCUGAUGACAUCUGCAAGCGCCUUGCCCCACAGUGUGUAGUGAACCCGCACCGCUCUGUCCUGGGUACGGGGAACUAUGACGUGAACGUGAUUAUGGCGGCUCUCCAGAGUCGUGGAUUGGCUGCAGUGUGGUGGGACAAACGUAGGUCGGUGCAGAGUUUAUGUCUGGAGAAAGUACAAGGUUUUAUAUUGAACGUCCCUUCACGGGUGUCGCUAGGAAUCGUGUCCCUCCCACUGAGACGCAGGCACUGGCUAGCGGUCCGGCAGGUCAAUGGGCAGUACUACAACCUGGACUCUAAGCUUAAGAAUCCUGUUUGGAUUGGAGGAGAAACCGAACUCAACCAAUUUCUUAGUGAGCAGUUGUCUCAGGAUGUUGCCGAGAUGCUUCUCGUAGUCCAGAGAGAAGUGGAGGAGGAUGGAACAUGGCUUAUUUCAGAUGACCGUGAGAACACAGGGCAGUGAAGUUCUUUUAAUACCGGACAGUCAUGUGCAGAGCAGCAUUACCAAAGAGGAAGGAAACAUUCCCAGAUGGUCACCUUUACACACUGAGACGUCUAAUUGAAUGGUUCACAUAAGGGACAUCUUCUGUGUAAUAAAUGGGAUAUUAUUAUUUUUAUUAUUAUUUUUUUUAAAUGAAAGGAUGCAGGCAGGAUGCUUGUAUGUGGCACCGAAUGACACUAGUGCAUCACCUGCCUCUCUUCGUUCUUGCCCUCUUUUAAUUUUUUCUCAGGAUAAGUGCUUGAGUUUUAAAAAUAACAUUUAAGCAGGUUUAUUUGUUCUGCAUCUAUGCACUGCAUUUCUGAGGUAGACGAAGGUGUGUAUCUAACUAUGCACGGAAAUGCUACACACAGUCUUUGUAAAUAGAAUUCAAGUUGUGAGUGGUUUCUGUUCAUACAGCUCGGCAUAUUUUGGGGAACUUGUUCUCCGGACUCUCUUUUUAUUUGCUUAUGGUUCUGAUCACAUCUCAGAGGAUACAAGUGGAAUGAAGUAUUCACUAAAAAAAAAUUAAAAUAAAUUGACUGUUAUUUGGAAAAAAUAA